UUUUUAGUCAAAGAAUAUCAAAAUUUUGUUCGUAGAGUUAAAAGAAAACUAAAUUUAGGUGACAUUUUCGGUCGAUCAAAGUUCUUACAAAGUGUUUCAUCAUGUCUCACACAAUUUUACUAAUUCAACCACAAUUACCUCCGGAGACCCGUACUUAUAGCGUCUAUGAAACCUUGGAUGACUGUUUGAUAAAUGUGUGUGAAAUUUAUGAAGAGCACUUGAAGCGCCGUAGCCCAAAUACACCAACCAUCACUUACGAUAUCAACCAGUUAUUCGAGUUUGUUGAUCAGUUUAUUGACAUGAGUUGUUUUGUCUUUCAGGAGUCCACAAACUCUUACGUUUACCACAACAAGGAGUGGAUUAAGGACAGAGUAUAUGCGCUUUUACGUCAGGCAGCCGUUUCCGUUAACUGAGCUUUCUAACAACAAGUAAUUGUGUCGCUCCUAAUAACGCCUUUGGAUAUAAAAAUCGGAAUGUAUAUUCUAUUACCCGCUUAUCUUGUAACAAUUUAGUAUUACUUUACUUAUUAAACUACGGAUUAAUUGAUUUAAAAAUUAUGAUUUUGGCUAAUAAAUUAUAUGUA